AUUUGAACUAUUAAAUCAAAUAAUCAAAAUCAGCUGUUAAUCAAAUUCUAUUAUAAGAUGAUUAUAAGAAAAAAUAGUUUAUGAUCGAGUUUAUAUUCCAAUUUUUUGUAAUAUAGGUAAAAAAGAAAUAAGUUUAUCAUGAAUAAAGAAAGGAAAGAGAUAGCAGAGCCGUCACGUUUCAAAGACGACUGUAUGAAAAAAGAAAAUUUACAAGAAAUCGUCUUGGAAGCUUUACAAAAAUUCGAUGUCCAACUCACCGAUAGGAAAAAUGAAUUAACUUUUUUAAAUUUUGAUAUAUCAAGAUAUCAACAAAGUCAUUCACAGUCUGUGUUUGGAGAAAAGCAGUCUCUUUCGUAUAUGUUUCAUUUUAUAACAUAUAAUGUUAAAUAUACAGUGAAACUAUUGGUUUUUCAAUAUGACGACAAAAUGGAAGUGCUUAAACUUGACAUAGAACCCCAAAACUGGACCUCCAAAAAAGAACUAGAAUACUGUUGUAAUUACCUUAAGCGAAGAAGAAAUUUGAAGUUGAUGUUCGAAGUAUUAAUACAGUUUUCUAGAAACAUCGAAGCACGGCGUUUGAUCUGUGAUAUAAUUCUAAAGAAAAACAAUUUUGUGACCAUACAGCAAAAUAAAGAUGGUGGCAUUAUCAUAGUAUAUUGCGACAUAACAACUCAAAUUAAAUUCGGGAUCUUUUGGAGUAUUGUAUGUACUCCAAAACUAGGAGUUACUGAUAUGAUAGAAGUUUAUUAUAAAAGUGCAGAAUGUCUAAACCAUAGUUCUGUAAAACAAAAAUUGAUCAGGCUUACACAAACAAAUUUAAAUUUCACAACAAAAUAUCAUUUGUUGAGAGAUUUAUUCCAAGAGCUAUCAUUUUACAACUCCCACAACAGUGAAAAAAUGACUUUACAAAACUCUAUCAGUGACACAAUGACAUUUGAGAUCAUGGACGCAUCGGAAGCAGAAGGAGUGGUGAUAUUGUCUGACUCAGAAGACAAUAGCUUAAGUUCAAGCAAAUCUGUUAAUUCUGUACCAUCUACUUCAAGUCGUAGUGCCACAGAACAUUUAAAUCAUAAUGUUAGUUUACCACAAAAUACUGUAUGUCAGUCAAAUAGGUUUCCAGUGGUUCCAGUAUCUACUGCUUUCCUUGAAACAUUAAAUCAAUCGAAUUAUGCACCUAAACACAGCAAUAAUACUGAGUGUGGUGCGACACCUGCCAAAAAAUAUAGAAGGAACACAACUAAUGAAGAUAUAGAAAUAACUUCUAUCACAUAUGUUGUUCCUGAUUAAUUUGUUUAUAAUAUAUCAUCAUAAAUAUUUAUUUCCAUGUUACUAAUUUGUAUUACAGUAUAAUUGUACCUUAUUUUAAAUAAAAUAAGUAUUAUAAUGCAAUUUUUUG